CUGAAUCGAGCCUCGUUUUUGGAGGACGCCUUCAGACAGCUGGCGGCCGCUCGUCCCGCCGAUCUGAAGAAACCCCUUUUUGUCUACUUCGACGGAGACCCAAAGAUCACAAAUGUCUACAGACAGGACUUCUUCCACCAGCUGUUCAGAAACAUCGUGCAAGCCAAACCCCACAUGUUCCUGCAAAACCAGACAGAUUUCUACCUGUUCGGGAUCCUGUGCGGACUGGCCCUGUACAACAAGAGCAUCAUACACUCCCACUUCCCUCUGGCUCUGUUCAAGAAGCUGCUCCACGUGGAGCCCACGCUGGAGGACAUGAUGGAGUUCGAGCCCGAAGUUGGAAAGAGCCUGCAGGCCGUCCUGAGCAGUGAGGACGACCCCGACAUCGACUUCGUGAACGCACAAUACGACGGGUUCUACUAUCAGAGUCACCCCAACAUCCUCCGGUUCUGGGAGGUUUUCAACAAGCUGGAGGAAGAAAAGAAGAAAGACUUCCUUUGGUUCCUGACAGGCUUUCGGAGGGUUCCCAUCCUGGGAAUGGCUGAGGUCAGGAUGACGGUUCGGCUCCAAGGAGUCCUGACCGGUUCCCCUGACGAGCAUCGCCCCGAGGCCCUGACCUGCUACUCCUACCUGGAGCUGCCUCUGUACUCCAGCAAAGCCGUCAUGAGGAAGAAGCUGAUGGAGGCUUUGGACCCAGAGCGAGGAUUCAGAGCCGAACGCUGA